AUGGGUAGAUCAAUGAAUAAUUUAAAAUGGCUGUUAGAAGCCCUCGGCGAAGGCGGAGGAGGAGGAGGAGGAGUGAGGGAUACGAAUGCAUAUGAAGGUUUGCAAAGAGGUCUCCAGCAUCAUCACACCUUGAACGUUCAGCAGUCGGCAGCACAGACUCUCGUUCUUCACACAGAUCUUACAGUACAGAAAAAUCGAAGGAAAACAAAUCGUCGACGUCAUCGACAUCAUCGCACGAUAAUUUAUUCGCCCGAGUUGAACGGCGUCGCAUACGGGUGUAUUCCCGUUCACGUUCCAGAAAUCGUUCACGAUCACGAAGCAGUUCACGAUCGCCGCUACGCUCAUCACAUUAUCAUGAUAUAUCAUCUAAAAGAGAUCGGAAGUACAGCUCACGCGUGCGGAUGUGAUGCGCACGUUCCGCAUCGCAACCGCACGCGUCAAAAUCAGAACUUCACAGGGCUCCGCUUUUACAAUGCAAAGGCGCGCGAUCGAUUGCAAGGCGCUUCGGCCAAAGAAGAACUGAAGGAUGCACGCAUUGACGGAAUGCGAGUUCGGGUCGAUUUUUCCGUAACGAACUGCGCUCCGCUUCCCCGCGGAGGAGCACCUGGACGUCUGCGAAGGUUAUCGGAUUCAUCACGGUAA